UGUCUGAUGACUGUCAACUCACUAACUCUCUGGAAGUUUCAAACAACAUACUUGGAACAUAUUUAUAUUUCCUUUCUGUAAGGUCGUGAAGCAGCGGUGUACUGUCUAAACAGUCUCUGUGUGAAAGGUGUAGCCUGUGCUCUGCAUCUCUCAGCAUGGGCCCCAAGAAGAAAAGUGUCUGGGAGAACCUGCGUGAGAAGACCAAGACCCAGUUUAACAACAUAAAGAAGAAGACAACCCCGGGGAAGCUGGAUGAGAAAAAGCCCAAGCCCCUGCGUUAUAGACGCAGUAUGUCAGUGCCGGACUUGAGAAUGAGUGCACCUGUGGAGACACAAACUCUCUAUGAUGAAUCAGAAGAGGAGGACAUGGCAACCUUUAUGGGCAGAAUCCACAUGCCAUCAGACAAAUGGAACACACCUGCAGAGAGAUCAACUUCUUCUGCUUCUUCUACUUCAGCAGAAAUAGUAAAAAUACCAGCGGACAGAGGGAACCCACCCGUACCUACCCCGAAAUCAAAUGCUCCAAAUAUAUAUGUGUGCACAACAAGAUUGACUUCAUCAGUGGAGGGAAUUAAUGUUUCUACAGAAAGAUUGCUCUUCUCUGAAGACAGAGUGGCCGCUAGGGACCGAGACAGAUUGAACAUCCCUCCAGAUAGAUGGUCUCUGCCAGUGAACAGGGCGGACAGGAUGGGCACCCCUGCUGACAGUAUGGACGGUUCUGCGUGUGGAACCCCAUUAGAGAAAGAACCCUACAUGUUCUGGCCCUCUGAGGACUUGGAUAUGCCAGAGCCCCCCGUAUCCACAUACAUCAGAGACAUCUUCUGCAGGGAGCUUCAGGAAGACAUUGAGUUACCCAACGAGCACAACUUCUAUGCCCAGCCCUUGCAGGAUCAAGCAGGCAACAAUGCUAUGGCAGCAGGGAGCCAACCUGGUCCCAUUCAGAAGUACCUCCUCACUGUCAACCUGAAGGAGGGCAGGAACCUGGUCAUCAGAGACCGUCACGGUACAAGUGAUCCUUAUGUCAAGUUCAAACUGGAAGGAAAGACGUUUUACAAAAGCAAAGUUGUGCAUAAGAACCUGAAUCCAAAAUGGAGUGAGUCCUUCUCUUUCCCCCUGCAGGAUUGGGAGCAGGUUGUCGACGUGAGGGUCUAUGAUAAGGACCGUACCACUGAUGAAUUCAUGGGUUCCAGCACAAUUGUGAUCAAAAACCUUGAAUUAGACAAGACCAGUGAGAUGGUGCUAAGUCUGGAGGACCCCAGCAGUCUGGAGGAUGACAUGGGCGUCAUCGUCAUUGACACAUGCCUAACUUUCAGAGAUGCUACGAUCAAAAGACCAAAACGGCACCUGAAAAAUAGAAGAAGAUUUAGGGGAGGCCAGAACCAGAAGGGGGACCAGCCCCAGGAUAAGGACCAGACCCAGGGUUCAGCUGAGGCCACCAAUAUGAGCCAGCUGUGGAGUGGCGUGUUUGGUAUUACCCUGUUAGAGGGACAGGACAUGCCUGAAUACGGCCAGGGGGACGUCUAUGUGCGUUACAGACUGGGAGAGCAGAAAUACAAGAGCAAGAACCUGCGCAUUCAGGCCAACCCUCGGUGGAGGGAGAAGUUUGACUUCAACAAGUAUGAGAACUGGCUGGAGCCACUGAAUGUGGAGGUGUUUGUUAAGAGAGGCAGGAAGAGUGAGGAAUCCUGGGGAAUGUUUGAGGUGGACCUGUCCAAGCUGCCAGUAAACACACAGCAGCUCUACACACAAGCCCUGGACCCAGGCAAAGGCAGGCUGAUAUUACUGGCCACCUUCAACCCCUGCAGUGAGGCCUCCAUAUCAGACAUUAACAAACCUCCCCUGGAACAGCCAGACGAGAGGGACCAAAUACUGGAGAAAUAUAGUUUGAAGAACUCUCACAAAGGUGUGAGGGAGGUUGGCUUCCUUCAAGUCAAGGUUUUCAAUGCAACAGAUCUCACAUCAACUGAUCUCAAUGGGAAAAGUGAUCCAUUCUGUGUACUGGAGCUGGGGAACAGCAGGCUACAGACUCACACCAUCUACAAAACACUCAGCCCUGAGUGGAACAAAGUCUUUACAUUCCCAGUAAAGGACAUCCAUGAUGUGUUGGAGCUGAAGGUCUUUGAUGAAGACGGAGACAAAGCCCCAGACUUUUUGGGCAGAGUGGCCAUUCCACUACUCUCUGUUCAGAAUGGACAGCAGGUCACCCGGGGGUUGAAGAAUGAGAACUUGAGGGGUCCAGCCAAAGGGACCAUCUCACUGGUGAUGGAGGUCCACUACAACCCAGUUAGAGCCGGCAUCAAAACCUUCAAACCAAAAGAGGAGAAAUUCAUGGAGGACAACAGAAAAUUCUCCAAAAAGGUCCUUGCCCAGAAUAUCUACCGAGUUCGGAAAAUCACCCUGGCAGUGCUGCAUAUGUUACAGUACAUUAAAAGCUGUUUUCAGUGGGAGAGCACACAGCGGAGUGUAAUAGCCUUCCUGACCUUCAUGGUGAUGGUGUGGACCUGGGAACUCUUCAUGAUGCCCAUCUUCCUGCUGCUGCUUAUCGGCUGGAACUACUUCCAGGUCACCCCGGGGAGGGUCAGCAGCAAUCAGGACUUGACGAACAUGAACAUGACCGAUGAUGAGGAGGAAGAUGAGAAGGAAUCUGGGAAAAAGGGACUGAUGGAGAAAAUCCAUAUGGUUCAAGAGAUCAUCAUCACUGUCCAAAACAUUUUGGAUGAAAUCGCAUGCAUAGGGGAAAGAGUCAAGAACACAUUCAACUGGUCUGUGCCCUUCCUGUCCUGCCUGGCCUGCUUGGUUCUCUUUGUGGCAACAGCAGCAUUAUACUACAUCCCACUGCGCUACAUUAUCUUCAUAUGGGGCAUUAACAAAUUUACCAAGAAGCUGCGCAACCCGUAUGCCAUUGACAAUAAUGAAAUACUGGAUUUCAUCAAGAGGGUGCCCUCUGAUGUUCAAAAGGUGCAGUACAGCGAGCUGAGAGCGCCCAGCGUCCAGAGCCCACCACGAAGGAGAAGGUAAGCCCCUUGGACGUGCUGGAUGAAAGGACCAGGCUCCGUCUGAAAACGGCGCAGCCCAGUCUGCUACGAUGACAACGGUCCAGUGCCAGCAGAACCUGCGACCCCUUAUCCCCCUACUCCCCCCUCUCCCCUGCCCCGUGCUGCAGGGGUGCAGUCAGCCGCUCUCCCGCUUGUGUGUCUGCCACCCCCUGACAGGGGCUGUACACUGCACCGGGCUAGGAGGGCAGCACAUGGAGCUGUCAAUCAUAGAACCAGAGACACCGUCUGCCCACUCCGGCCCAGCUUGCAUCCAUUCAUGCAUUUUAUAAAAAGAAUGAGAGCUAGAGUUUGGUUUAACUCAAACCACUGCUGUUUUGCUUUUAUAGAUUUGAAUAGUAACACCUUGAUCAGACUUGACAGCCUCAUUGCAUCAAGGCUGCCUAAAAUAUUCUGCAGUCAAACUUUUUUCAUUAUGUAAUCCAACAUUUGUGCUGGAUGUGUAUGCAACAAAAGUUAAACAUUCCCCUUUUGCUACUAUUUCUGUCAAGUCUAUGCAUACAGUUUGAUGUUUACAUUGGAUUUAUCCAACAUCUGCACCAUAUGAAACACACUGCAACUGCCUCUGGAACGCAAUGCUGCAAGUCAAACACAGCGUUACAUUGGAAAUGAAUGUACUUCUGAUGUACAAAAUGCGCCUUCGGUCAGAUCAAGGCGUUCAACUGAACUGCUGCAAUGCUUUGACUCAUUUACAUUUUCAUUUCAUAUAAGGGCAAAUACAAUACUGUAACUGUGUUUAAUCCAGUUAUUACUUUGUGGUCACAUUUAUUUAUUUUUAUUAUAUAUAUUUUUCAUUAACCUCCCUCUUCGGAGGACACAUCUUGUUUAUUUAUUUACAGCUUUUCUGCUACAAUUAACAAAUCAAAUCAAAUUGUAUUUGUCACAUGCGCUGAAAACAACAAGUGUAGACCUUACCAUGAAAUGCUUACUUACAAGCC